GCAUCACCCCAACAAAGCAAACCAAAUCCACCAAGCUAAAAAGGAGUAGACCUCAAGAAAAAGCUUGGAAUCUCAAAACCUCACAUCACAUGCAACAACUCACAAAACCCUAAUCCCCAACCCUAAUAUAAUCGAUCUUCUCUCAAUUGUAGGGGGGGAAAUUGUUUUGUUUUGAUUUACUAAGGAGCAGAUAAACAAUGUCUGCAAUUUUGUGCGGCAAGAGAUCUUUCUUCGAAGAUUUACAAUCGCCGUCGCCCACGUCAGCAUCGCCGCCUCUUUCUAAGAAGCUUCGCCGUUUCUCGUCUUCGCCGCCGCCGUCGAAUUUCAUCGAUCAGCUGAGAGCUUUGUUUCCUGAUAUGGACAAUCAGCUUAUUGGGAAUGCUUUGGAAGAGUGCGGCAAUGACUUGGAUGCUGCUAUUAAGAGGUUACAUGAGCUUAACCUUGUGUAUGCCGAUGCAAAGACAGUUACUGAUGGAGAGAUGGAUAAUGGAGAAAAACCAACUAAUGGGCCAGAUGUUCGAUCUGAAGGUCCUCCUCUCCAGAAUAAUCUUCCAGCUGAUGGUGCAGAAUGGGUGGAGUUGCUUGUCCGGGAAAUGAUGAGUGCUACAAGCGUAGAUGAUGCUAGGGCUCGUGCCGCAGGAGUGUUGGAGAGCCUGGAGCAGUCAAUUAGUGUGCAUGCUGGUGCAGAAGCAGCUCAAAAUGUUCACAAGGAAAAUAUGAUGCUGAAGGAGCAAAUUGAAGCGUUUCUUAGAGAAAAUUCCAUUCUCAAACGUGCUGUUGCCAUUCAACAUGAACGGCAAAAAGAGUAUGAUGAUAGAAACCAGGAAGUGCAGCAAUUGAAGCAGAUAAUCGCUCAAUAUCAGGAACAAAUAAAAACUCUUGAGGUGAAUAAUUAUGCUUUGACAAUGCACUUGCGCCAGGCUCAGCAAAGCAACUCUAUUCCGGGACGCUUCCAUCCAGACAUCUUCUAGUGUUGAGGCUAGUUCAGUUGAAGCUGUGGAACAUACAAAGAAACAAGCCUGUUGGCAUCUUGUCAGCUGUGAUAUAGGAUGUAUUAAGCGAAUUCUAUACUAAUAUUGUUUUUAUUAGACUGAGAAAACGUUUGCGUGUUGAGUUGAGGCCACUUUGGUUGAUGACCCUGAUUAGUAGUUUUGGAAUGGGCAUCAUCCAAAUGGUGAAGGCCUCAAAUAUGCUAGUAUUAAAGUGAUAUCAGGAAACUGGAGAUGAGAUAUGCUAAUUUCGCUAUCUGCUAUUCAUAUUCCAAUGCAAAAUCACCCACUUUAUGACC